AUGAACGAUGCGAUAGACGAAGAUUUUUUAUAUGAGGACAUAAGAAACAAGAGGGAUAUCAUUGACAUAAGUUCAGGUGAAGAGUGCAUUAGUAACAGUUCAGAUAAGCUAUAUGAAGAGGAGGAAGAGGAACUAAUUAAUUAUAAAAAGAAACGAAUAUCGUAUUAUAAAAGAUUUUAUGCUAAUAAAAGUAUAUAUUGUGUAAACUCAUAUAAAAAAUGGGUAUAUUUUGGUAGUGUUAAUAAUAAAUGUUAUUUGUAUAAUAAUUUUGAUCAAGAUUUGAAAUCAUUUGUUCAUAAUUCAAAUAGUUUACAGGUAGCGCAGAUAAAAAAUAGCAGGAACAUUAAUAAGGAUGAUACUAUGACCUUGGGUCAUUGUGGAAAUGGAAAGCAUAUCAACAAGAAUAGCAUGAUAGGUAGUAGUGUAAGCUGUACUAGUGGUAUUAGUUAUAAUACUAACAGUAUCAGUGGAAAUAGCGUGGACGUGUGUUUGCAAAACUUGAAGCAUCAAAAGUACAGUGAUACUGUGACAAACAUAAAAUUUUCGAAAAAUUAUAAAUACGUCGCCUUGUGUGUAUACAAUGGUGAUAUAUAUAUAUAUGAAAAUAAUAGUAUGAACAGUUCAGAAAUAUUAAAUUACAAUUUAAAAAAUAUAAAGCAAAAUAUUAAUAGUAGUAAUUCUUUAUUAGCUAUAUUUAAUUGGAAUAUAGAUAAUAAAUUUAUAAAAGAAGAACUAAUAAAUGAAGAUAUGAAAAUUGUCAAUAUUUUAAGUCUUAAUGAUUCAAAUAAUAAAAAGGAUAUUGAAUAUUUUAUGUUUUGUCCGUAUAAUGAAAAUAUUCUUAUAAGCAUUUAUUUAGAUGCACCAAAUAUUUAUAUAUGGGAUGUACUUGAAAGUACACCAUUAAACAUUACCUACACUGUUGAUAUACCAACUUUUUUGAAUAUAUGUAACUAUGACAGUUAUUUUUAUCUUCUAGUGGGUUUUCAUAAUGGAGAUACCUUUGUGUAUGACUAUGAUAUUUACAAUAUAAAAAAAAGAAGUGCAGGUAAGAAGCACGGAAAAAGGGAAAAAGCGAAUUAUACAGGAGUACCCUCUGUUAAUGGUAGUGAGUACACGCAGAAGGCAGGGUUAAGCUGGCUUCACCGCACCAGCAGUAAUAACGAUAAUGGGAUUGACAUUGACGAUGAUAUUGAUAAUGAAAAUAACAGUGAUAAUGUUAACGGGGGCACUAAUAACAAUAGUAUUGGUAGUAUUGGCGGUAUUGGUAGUAUUGGCGGUAUUGGUAAUACUGGCAGCAUUGGUAAUACGGGCAGCAUUGGUAAUACUGGCAGCAUUGGUAAUACUGGCAGCAUUGGUAAUACGGGCAGCAUUGGUAGGGGAGUGCUAAUAAGCAGCCAUAAGAGUAAUGGCGUGAAAUAUGAAGGGAAUGAUGGUUCAUUGAGCUACAGCAAUAAAUCAUUGCUAAACAACUACAAUAGUAAUUAUAAAUAUAACGAAUUAAUAAAUGACGAAUUGGACAACAACAACGAUAUCUUGUGUAUUGACAAUAAUUUAACGAAUGAAAUAUUUAUAGCUUCCCAUAAAAAUGUGAUACAAAUGUAUAAUAUUAAUAAUAAUAAUCUUAUUAGUACAUAUAAUAACCUCCAUAAUGAUAUAGUAGAUUACUGUUUAUUUAAUAAUAGAAAAUCAAAUAUAUUUGCGUCUUCUUCUUUAGAUAAUAAUGUCAUUAUAUUUGAUUUUCAAAAUAAGAAAUAUAUUAACAAGUUUAGUGUUAAUUAUGAUUUUAAUAAAAAUGAUACGAAUGAUCGAAUGGAUAAAGGAAUAAAUUUUCUCAAAUGGCUUAAUGCAAAUUUACUUUUAUUUUCCAGUUUAAAUGGAAACAUAUAUAUAUAUGACAUUAGACUUAGAAAAUGUAUUCAUCAGUUUUAUUCUCAUACAGAUACCAUUUUUAAUAUUCACGUAUCACUGCAUUUGUAUGAACACAAAAAUAUAUUAUCAAUUAUAACUGCCAGCGAUGACAAAUCCUCCAACAUGCAUUUUUUGGACCUUUCGUAUUUCACCUAG